CCAGCGCCACAGAGGAGGGAGCCCCUGCCCGCUGCCUUUCCUGGGGGUCCCAGCCCACCUCGGAAGUCAGUGGGGUUGGUUUGGGAGCUGUUGGUCGAACCUUCCCCCCUUCUCUGCGAGGUGCUGCCGUGCCGGGGGUGUUUGUGGCUGCUGCGGUGCCCUGCGUCCUCGCUACAAGAGACUUGUCGACAACAUCUUCCCUGAGGACCCAGAGGAUGGGCUGGUGAAGACCAACAUGGAGAAGCUGACUUUUUAUGCCCUGUCUGCCCCAGAGAAGCUGGAUCGCAUCGGUGCCUACCUGUCCGAGCGGCUCAUCCGGGAUGUGAGCCGGCACCGCUAUGGGUAUGUGUGCAUUGCCAUGGAGGCCCUGGACCAGCUCCUCAUGGCCUGCCACUGCCAGAGCAUCAACCUCUUCGUGGAGAGCUUCCUGAAGAUGGUGGCAAAGCUGCUGGAGUCAGAGAAACCCAACCUGCAGAUCCUGGGUACCAACUCGUUUGUGAAGUUUGCCAACAUUGAGGAGGACACCCCAUCUUAUCACCGCAGCUACGACUUCUUCGUCUCGCGCUUCAGCGAGAUGUGCCACUCCAGCCACGACGACCCCGACAUCCGGACAAAGAUCCGAAUGUCUGGCAUUAAAGGCCUGCAAGGAGUGGUGAGGAAGACAGUGAAUGACGAACUCCAAGCCAACAUCUGGGACCCACAGCACAUGGACAAGAUUGUUCCCUCACUGCUUUUCAACUUACAGCAUGUGGAAGAAGCCGAAAGCCGCUCCCCCUCCCCGCUGCAAGCCGCCGAGAAGGAGAAGGAGAGUCCCACGGAGCUGGCGGAGAGGUGCCUGCGGGAGCUGCUGGGCCGGGCGGCCUACGGCAACAUCAAGAACGCCAUCAAGCCCGUCCUCAUCCACCUGGAUAACCACUCGCUCUGGGAGCCCAAGAUCUUUGCUACUUGCUGCUUCAGGAUCAUCAUGUACUCAAUCCAGCCGCAGCAUUCCCAUCUCGUGAUCCAGCAGCUCCUGGGGCACCUGGAUGCCAACAGCAAGAGCGCGGCCACCGUGCGUGCGGGCAUCGUGGAGGUCCUCUCGGAGGCAGCUGUGAUCGCAGCCUCUGGAUCCGUAGGCCCCACGGUGCUGGAGGUGUUCAACACCCUGCUGAGGCAGCUGCGGCUCAGCAUCGACUACGCCCUGACCGGGAGCUACGACUGCGGCACCGGCGUCAGCACCAAGAUCAUCAAGGAGCACGAGGAGAGGAUGUUCCAGGAAGCUGUCAUCAAAACCAUAGGGUCCUUCGCCAGCACACUGCCCACCUACCAGCAGUCUGAGGUGAUGGUUUUCAUCAUGAACAAGGUGCCGCUCCCCUCCUCGCAGCAGUCCAUCGAGGCCAGCAAAGCUGGGGAGAACCGGAAUAGGCUGACACAGAUCAUGCUCCUGAAGUCCCUCCUCCAGGUCUCUGUGGGCUUCCAGUGCAGUAACAUGCUCACAGCACUUCCCAGCGCCUUCCUGGACAGGCUGCUCUCCGCAGCCCUCAUGGAGGAUCCCGAGAUCCGCCUCUUUGUCCUGGAGAUCCUCAUCAGCUUCAUCGAUCGUCAUGGGAACCGGCAGAAGUUUUCCACCAUCAGCACCAUCAGCGACAUCUCGGUCCUGAAGCUGAAAGUGGACAAAUGCUCGCGCCAAGAUACUGUCUUCAUGAAGAAGCACGGCCAGCAGCUCUACCGGCACAUCUACUUGAUAUGCAAGGAGGAGAGCAAUGUGCAGGCUCACUAUGAAGCUCUCUUCAGCAUGCUGAUGCUCAUCAGCAUUGAGCUGGCUAAUGAGGAGGUCGUGGUGGACCUCAUCCGCCUGGUGUUGGCAGUGCAGGAGAUUGCCCAGAUCAACGAGGACAACUUGACGCCGUACAACCGCUGCGCGCUCUUCGCCCUCGGUGCAGCUUACCUCAACCUCAUCAGCCAGCUCAUCACCGUGCCCACCUUCUGCCAGCACAUCCAUGAGGUCAUCCAGAUGCGACAGAAGGAAGCUCCUUAUCUGCUCCCUGAAGAUGUGUUUGUGGAGAAACCCACGUUGAGCAAGAGCCUCGACUGCCUGAGUCCAGAGGUCUUCUUCUGGCAGAGCAAGAUCAGUGAGGUGUUGGGUGGCAGUGGUUACAACGCAGACCGGCUCAGCACACCCUACAUCCCCCAGCUGACAGAUGAAGAUCGCUUGUCCAAGAGGAAGAGCAUUGGCGAGACCAUUUCCCUGCAAGUCGAAGUGGAAUCAAGGAACAGUCCUGAGCGAGAGCAGCGAGCACCAGCAGAGGAGAUCACGUACGAGACGCUGAAGAAGGCGAUAGUAGACAGUGUUGCCAUGGAAGAGCAGGAGCGGGAGCGGAGGCGGCAAGUGGUGGAGAAAUUCCAGAAAGCCCCAUUUGAGGAGAUCGCUGCCCACUGUGGAGCCCGGGCCACAUUGCUGCAGAGCAAGCUCAACCAGAUCUUCGAGAUCACCAUACGACCACCACCAAGCCCCUCUGGCACCAUCACAGCUGCCUUUGGCCAACCUCAAAACCACUCCAUCCCAGUGUAUGAGAUGAAGUUCCCGGACCUGUGUGUGUACUGAGGGCAGCUGUGCCCAGCUGGCACCAAAGGAUCUCUUGGGGAGAGACUGCUGACUCUGCAGGGAGCCCAUCCUCAGGCAGGACGGGUGGGGACACAGACACUGAGGCCACCCCAGGAUUCAUUGGCAGCACAAACCCAUCUCCUAUACUUCAUCUGGUGAUUUUCUGCCUCAGCAGCCACGUUUUGCCACAGCUGGUGGUGCAGGAGGCUUGGGGAACAGUGUCACAGGGGGGUGGGUGGUUGCCUUGACCUCCCUCUCUGGUUUUGAGCAGGGGAGAGGAGUUGCUCUGGCUCCCGACAAAGCCCUUUGGACACACACAACUUCCCACCACAAAGCAAACCCAUUCCCUGGGGAAAUCCCUCCCCAAAUUGUCUGUUGGCCACAUCAAGAGCCCUUGGCAAGGGGCAGAGCUGAAGCUGGUGGGUGGGAGACUGUAAAAGAUAGGAAGGGGAUCUGGGGUGCAGUGGGCUGGAGCCUGGGACAGCCCCAAAACCAAAACCUGCCCAAGCUGGUGCUUGAGGCAGGUUGCUCGAGGGGUUUUGCAUCUUCCCAGGAAUAUCCUCAACACAUGGCUAGUUCCUCUGGGCAUCUCAUCACAGUUGGAGGACUUGCCUGGUGAUGCAUGAGGAUAGGCAUUGUCCCAUCCCAGCAUAGGGUUACACAGCAGCCUGGCUGGUUCCAGGUCACUUGAAAAGAUGAUUUGUUUGGGAAAACCCAUUUUAGGGGAAAAGCCCCACGAGAGCUGUGCCUCUCAACCAGGUCAUGUGGAGGCUGCUCAUGUGGGACUCAUGCCCACAGUGGGCAGGGACACAAGGCACGAGUAACCACCAUGCUGGGGAUUAUUAACACAUUAACCCUCUGUUUUCAUAUAGUUGGGUAGGGUUUUUGCAGUUUUGGGGUUCCCACCCCAAAAAAAGAUUUAUUUAAUAUUGUUGUUUUUAGCACAACAAAGUCCAGUGUUAAAUCAACUUAGCCAUAAUCACCAAGAAAAUCCAGCACCACAGAAAAUAGCUGCCAUAAGAAAUGUUCUGUAGGGUCCACCCUGCAGACCCCACAUCUGGCAGGCCCUGGAUCCUACCUCUGUUUGGGCAUUAGGAUCAAACUGGAUUUGGGCUGGAGGGGAGCAGAGAAGAGGCUAUGAAGAGUUUUGCUUUAGACAACUGUGAUAGAAAAUUCUGAGUCCUACCAAGCCCAAAUGGUGAGGUUAAGAGGGUAGGGAUGGGGACAGAGGUCACUUGGAGCCAUUUGGCUGUUCACAGGUGGUAUUUUGUUGUUCAUGGGGUAUUUGGUUGUUUACAGGGGUUAUUCAGACAUUCACAGGGGGUUUUUGGUCAUUCAUGGAGGCAUUUGAUCGUUCAAGGGGGUUGUUUGGUCAUUCAUAAGGGGCAUUUUGUCAUUCAUGGGGGCUAUUCAGGUGUUCACAGGGGGCAUUUGGUCAUUCACAGCGUGUAUUUGAUCACUCACAGGGAGUGUUUGGUUCUUCACAGGGUAUCUGGUUGCUCACAGGGUCUCUCUUGCUCCCAGACCCCUCUCAGUGUGGGUGCUCUCUCUGUUCUUGGGGCCAGCCUGGGCACUGGCAGCUGGCUGGGUGCUGCCUGAGCUCACCCCCAUCACCCUCCCAGCAGCCUGGGGGGCUCCCUGUGAGGGGAGGCAGCCUCUUCCCCUCCAGGCACGCUGCUCUUUGCUUUGCCACACGAAGAAGGGUCUAAAGCUGGAGACAUGGGAGCUGCUUCUGCAGGGACUACAGCCACCUGCCUCUGCCCAUGUCCCAUGGGAUUGUUUUAUCCACUGCAGAUCUUCCGGCAGUUAUUUUAAGCUCUAAUUACAUAUGACCAUCCCUUCUUCACCCCCCCCCCCUCCUUCAGUGGCGGAUACAGUCCAUGAUUCCUCCUGGGUCACUGCUUGUUUGUGUGGCCAGGCUGUAAUCCCAGCUUAGGAAAUGAUCUUGCUUAAGAGGACAGGAAAAACAAGGGUUUAUUUUGGUCCCUGGGCUGGAUCACUCACAGCGGGGCUCUGCCUGUGCCAGCCCUGCCCAGUGCCCAAGGUUUUCCCCCUGCUGCUGCCUCUCCUCAGGGUCCCCAUGUGUCUCUGUCCCUUGUCACCAAGCCCUUCUUGCUCCCCAAGCCUCCUGAAGCCUGAGUUUUGGCCAGGGUAGGUUUUGGGGUUGGCAGUGGGAACCCAAGAGCAGGCUCCUUGGGGCAGGAGCACUUACUCCCAGAGCUGUUCUAAUGAAAAGCACUAAAACUUUUUAACAAAACACAGUAGAAAAAGCAAUUAACCCCCAAAUCAAGUGUCUGUUCGUGGGAAAACCACCUCCAAACCUCUUCAGAACCACGAGGAAGGUGGGGAGAUGAGCACAAGGUUUGCUUGCCCUUGUUGCACAUCUCAGGGUGCCCAUCAUCUUUUUGGGGCAGGAAAUACCCUUGGCCUCUGCUCCAGGGGGGUUGGAUUGUGGGUCAUCCCUGUGGACCAGCCACAGAUCCCUUCAUUCCCAAUGCUUUGCCCUUGGGACCUGGCAGUGGGGCUGGGACUGUCACCUCCUGGUUGGCUGCAUUCCCCAGCAUGUCUCACUGCGGCCCCUCUGCGUUUUGGGACCCAGACUCCACCCGUAACUGUCCAUGUGUAGGUGACCUGUUUCUACAUCCUGUUUAGUUUAGAUACUUGUGUAUGUAGAGAUGACAAAGUAUAUUUCUAUAAAGUCAGCAGUUUAGGUGCAUGUGUGCAUUCCCAUCCCUGUAUUUCCAAGCACUGUGGUGUUGGUGUGUGGAGCUGCGGGCAGGGGGUUCCAAAGGGCUGAGGAGCCCUCGAUAUUUUCAAAUGCAAUGUCUCGAUGCCCUUUUCAAAUAAAUGUUGAUGUUGCCAUCAUGG